UAAAUGUCAGAAAAUGAUCAUAAAAUCAAAUUUAAUCGAAUAAAACUCAACUCAUAUCAUCUCUAUCAGUUUCGAUCUCCGAACAAUUAGAUUUUUUUAACGAAUUUAGAUAGAUUUGGGAUCUGCUGGCCACUAUGCCUUUGCCCUCUUUCUCUUCUGCCGUCCAAUUCGACGAUUCAGGGUUAAUUUAAGCAAAAAUUUUGAUCUGCGAUAUCGGACCUUCCAUCGCAUCAAAAUCUGUAGGAGAGGAAUGGAGUUCUCCAGAAAAGUUCCUUCCUUGGUGGAGCUAUGUACGCAGACGGCAAUCGCUAAUCUUAGGUACAUGGGAGAUGUUGGAGAUAUGGAUUUAGACCUAUUGAAGGAUAUCUUACCUCACUGUAAUAUCGAUCAGUUAACUCAUAUUGAGAAUUCAACAAAAGGAAGAGAUCUUAGUCCAGUUACGGAUGGCCUGUGGAAAAGAUUCUACGAGCAACAAUUUGGAUCCGAGAGUGCUAAUAUUGUGAUCAAGAGGAUGAAGCAGAAGAAAGUAGUAUUUAAAUGGAGACUUCUUUAUGAGGCAAAGUUGAAGGAGAGGGAAGAAGCACAAAAUAGAAUGGCUGAGAAACUUAAACAGCGAUAUGCAGAAAGUCAAGCUAAGAAACAAAGUCGGCAAAUCAAAAUUUGUUCCAAAGUCCCUCCUAGCAGUAAAAGGAGUUUCUGGGAAGGGAGUGGACCAGGCACUAACCUGUCUAAUGUGAAGGGGAACUUGAUGAAAAAGGCAAAAUUGGAGUAUCUCAAUAGCCAUGAAGCAAAAGUGCAUGCUCAGAUUAGGAAAAAUUCUUUGCAACGAAACAGCUUCACAUCUCAAAGUAUCUAUCGUUCCGCAAAGCCAAACAGUUUUCAACCAAGAAAUUCUGCUUCAAGCUCCAGAAGUGUGAAACCUGUAGCAAGAAAGUAAUAAUUUUUUUUAGGUUUUUUUACUAGAAAAAAAAUAAUGAACCAAGUAACAUCGAACCUAGGGUGACCGGCCCGGUUCAACGGAAGUUUUUCAUCGGCCACUUGGAUAAAUCGGAGAAAUGUACAUGAAGAUCUAUCCUGAAACUAGCGUUCUCGGAUUCGCUAUCUAUUAGGGAGAAAAUCUUCCAUAAUACAUCGCAGUUGAGUUUCAAACACUAGCUGCCUGAUUUAUCACUAGAUGGCUAGGUUUUCGUACUGCAUUUCUACAAAUUGAUGUCACUCUGUUUCUCGUUUGCAAUAACCAUUCUACUUUGCCCCAACGAGGAGCAUUUUUUUUUCUCUCAUAGUUAAAAUUCUGUGUUAUUUA